UCAGCUGAUAAUGUUGUAGGAACGCACGGGUUAGAAUGUACAUAGGAAAUCAGUUUUGUGUGUUUUUGAGCAUUUUUCUCUAUAUCAGUGGUUGUUUAGGGGAGAAUUACGAUAUAGAUGAUAGUCUCGGAUUAGGACAAACGUUUGAUGGCAUUGGUGGAUUAAGCGGUGGUGGGGCGACAUCGCGUUUACUUGUCAAUUAUGAGGAGCCAUAUCAGAGUCAGAUACUAGACUACCUGUUUAAGCCAAAAUUUGGAGCCUCCUUACAAAUCCUAAAGGUUGAAAUCGGAGGUGAUGCUCAGACUACAGAUGGAACUGAGCCCUCACACAUGCACUAUGAAGAUGAUGAGAAUUAUUUUAGAGGGUAUGAAUGGUGGCUAAUGGUGGAAGCCAAGAAGAGGAAUCCAAACAUCACCCUCAUAGGUCUACCAUGGGCCUUUCCAGGUUGGGUUGGAAAUGGUAAAAACUGGCCUUAUGAUUUCCCUGAUAUCACUGCGUCUUAUGUGGUGGCGUGGAUUCAUGGAGCUAAGAAGUACCAUGACCUGGAUAUUGACUAUAUCGGGAUAUGGAAUGAAAAGAGCUUUAAUGUGAAAUACAUAAAGCUUUUGCGAUACUUACUGGAUAAAAGGGGUCUGGAAAAAGUUAAAAUCAUUGCCAGUGAUGACCUCUGGGAGCCAAUCACCUCUGCUGUAUUUGCUGACAAAGAAUUAUAUGAUGCUAUUGAAGUCUUGGGGGUACAUUACCCAGGCACAAAAACUGUGCCUCGUGCCCUGAAGACUGGCAAGAAACUGUGGUCCUCUGAAGACUACAGUACCUUCAAUGACAAUGUUGGCGGAGGUUGCUGGGCCCGAAUUCUCAACCAGAACUAUGUCAAUGGCAAAAUGACAGCGACCAUAUCCUGGAACCUUGUUGCAAGUUAUUAUGAGAACCUUCCCUUUGGAAGAGAUGGAAUAAUGACUGCAAAUGAGCCGUGGAGUGGAAAUUAUGUUGUUGAGUCCCCUGUUUGGACAACAGCCCACACUACCCAGUUUACUGAGCCUGGCUGGACAUACCUGCAGACAGUAGGACACUUCACUCAUGGUGGGAGUUACGUUGCACUGACUGAUCAGAGAGGAAAUCUCUCAAUAAUCACUGAAACUAUGACCCAUGACCACUCUGUGUGUAUCCGACCUCCUCUGCGUCCCUAUAAUGUCACAGUCCAGAAUGUAACAUUCAAUCUGAAAGGAACUUUUGCUUUCAUCAGCCAGCUGGAUGUGUGGCACUCAAAGUUUGAUUUCAAGACAGAUAAGACGGUCCUCUUCCAAAAACUUGACCCUGUUAAAGUAAUAGGUGGGUCUUUCAGCAUAGAGCUUGAUGUUGAUGAAAUAUAUACAUUUACUACUAUAACCAAUGGUCAGAGAGGGACUUACCCUGAUCCUCCACCUUCUGCUCCAUUUCCUAAAUCAUACAGGGAUGAUUUUAAUGUCUCUGGAAAUUUCUCAGAAGCUCCGAACUUUGCAGAUCAGACAGGGGUUUUUGAAUACUUCACUAACCUUACAGAUCCUGGACCUCAUGUUUUUACUCUGCGUCAGGUGGUCACUCAGCGUCCCAUCACAUGGGCUGCAGAUGCUGAUCAGACAAUAAGUGUCAUUGGUGAUUAUGCGUGGCAUGACGUAAUGGUGUCGUGUGACGUCUACAUGGAGGCUGUCCAGACCGGUGGAGUAUUCAUUGCUGCUCGAGUGGACAGAGGUGGAGGUGUCAUCCGAAGUACAAGAGGAGUCUUUUUCUGGGUGUAUGCUGAUGGCACCUACAAAAUCACCAAUGAUCUCCGUGGAUUGGCGGUCCUUGCCAAAGGUUCGGCUGGAACUAGAGCACGUACAUGGUACACAUUGACCCUUAGAGUCCAGGGAAACUAUGCCUCAGCAGAUCUCAAUGGCUAUUCUCUGUGGAAGAAUGCAGUGCUCUUGAACCCUCUGCAUGGAUGGGUGGCCAUAGGCACUAGUUCUUUUCAACUUGCACAGUUUGAUAAUUUUGUCAUAGAAGCAGAAUAACACCCCAUAUUGUAUUUAUAUUCAUUGCUUUUUCAGUGUGUAAACAAGCAGACUGAAAACAAGCAUCUUCAGGACUGUGAGAAUAAUGUGAUUUUAUGAAGAAAUUAAUUUAUUAAGGAUAUGCUGCUAUGUGCCUUAAAAUUGAGAACUAUGUAAUAAUAAAAUUAAAAGUAUGAUGUACAUUUACUUUUUCUUUGUUGAAAAUCAAAUACUGAUACUAAUUAAAUCACCUCAAUCUUUUACAUUCUCGUGCUUGA